AUGGAUACUGCGAAAGCACCCAGUGUCACAGAGUCUUCCGGGCAACACCUGCGGCGCGAAGACAUGCCGCCUGUUUCACAAGUCCCCGAGGUUCAAAACCCUGUCGAGGCUCCAUCCUCAGUCCCAGCUGAAGGAAAUGCUGGUAACAAAGCAAAAAAACAUGUCUUCAAACGAAUCUGGAGCAAAGUCAAAGGGCGAAUAUGUCCAAAAAGUCCAAGAAAUGAGGAAAGACACUUCCGUCUACGUACUGUACGACAAUUACCUCCAGCCCACCAGCGUGGACCAUCAGAUCCGUCAGGUUUUGUAAAUUUGGGGAGACAAGAUCCCAGAGCUCGCGAUCCAAAAGUGGUAAAAUACCCUGAUUCAGGCCCGGACCGCUGUGUCAUGUGCAAUAGGCUACUCCAUGACUUGACCAGCGAUUUUGACAGCUGGAAGCGCUGCGAGACUCGAGUCUAUCUUCCUUGCGGUCAUCCAUUUGGCCACCGUUGUUUGCACAGUUACCUGACCGAACGUCUAAGGUCUCGAACUCCAGAGAGUGAUGCUAUCAUUGUUGGAGGGGAGCAUUACUGUCCAAUGGGGGGCUGUAUCCCCAUUCGACACGAGUGUGACCACCUUACUAUUCCAACAUUCGAACUUCCGGAACCCAGGUACGAAGACCAAGAGAUCCAAAUUAUACCGCGAGAAUGUGGCUUUUGUUCAUCUGAUCCAUGCGCCAAAAGGAGGAUCAACCGUAAGGAAGAAUAUUCCAAGAAAAUGAUCCCAUCGCUAUUGCCAAGGCAACAUACCUAUCUACCAGAGAGGAUCAACCGAUUGUUGGAUGACGAAUGGCUUUCAUUUCGCACACAGCAUUUUCAGGCAUGCGAGGCACGCAGAUACACAUGGCUGAAUAACGUCAUAGAGUCCCCGGCAAACAGGGACCCUCAAAAACAAAACGCUAUCAGACGAUCCAUUGGUGCCCCUGAGAUCGCAAUCCUCCCGGGCCAGCAAGAGCAGAGUAACCUGCUCACAGGCCCAAGCACCGAGAUGAGAGAGAACCGAAGCCAGGCUGACACAAUAAAACAAAAGACAGCUGAAAUCCCUCCAGUAGUUGGGAACGCUGACGAUCCUGAUGCGAUCACUCCUGCUGAAGCUCCCACUCCGUGGAAGUUACCUGAAUUCGCUAAGCAACUUCCUUUCGAAGUUCCUACACCAGGAGAGACGGGCAGAUCUGCCGUGGGGGCCGCAUCAACUAAUGGCACCGUAGGAAGCAAGAACAAGACGAAUCCCACAGCCACCAAUGGCACUGAGCCUCGAUUGCCCAUGCACAAGGCUGCCUCGGAUCCAGCACUGGGCUCUAUCGACAAAAAGACCAAUGCUGGUCCUGGGGGAGAUAUGGCUGGGGAAAAAACCGAAAUAGGAGUGGUUCUCCCUGAUCCACCGACGGAUGAUCCAAAGAAGUCAGCCAACGAAACAGAGUCAAAGGCAAAGGGGAAAAGGAAGGUUGCUCAACCGAUAGCUGCAUGA